ACCGUCUCGUGACCGACACUGGCCAAUCGCAGCUUAGACGGGACGGAGACGACAACAAUAAAGUGCAUCAAAACGUAAAACGAAGCGGACGGUUUGUGUUGCUCUUUAGCUGUGGGAUCGUGUUCAGUGGAGUCUUUAAAGCCUAUGUAAUAAGCUUAUAUCAAUAUAUGUUUUUCGACUGAAAUUCAGUGUUUGGCUUAGUCACGCGAAACAAAUGACGUGAACGCCGCAGCCUAGCGCCGACUUUGGUAACAUAACGGUAUUUCUCUGACGACAUUCAUGGUUGCUAGCUUUCUGACAGAACGCUUGUUGGUCUGAAAGGAGCGUCAACGUUAGCGGUUUUUCACGCUAAAUAUCAUUUUUGUCGUUAGUUAAUAAUUAACACUAUACCUGUCCUAUCAUUGACAGUUGAGGCAGUUUUAACAUCUGAACAACAUUAGAUCCGUCUGAAGAUUGCGAUGGAUGCUAUAACAUGCUAGGAGGACCAUGUUCAAAAAUGUUUUUGGCUCAGGGUUUGUGGUCAGAACAGCUCAUGUGAUUCUGACAUGGGUCAUAACGUUGAUACUCUUCCUACAUGAUACAGAACUGAGGAAGCAGGAGGAGACUGGCCAGCUCGUCCAGCCUGUGCUCUUCGUCCUGCUGGUGCUGGUGUCGGUGCUGCUUUAUUUUGCUGUUUCUCUGAUGGACCCAGGCUUCAUCUUGUCUGACGAUAGCGAUUUACAGUUCACACUGGGAGUGACUGAGGAGCAGCAGGACAUGAUCCCACCCACCUCCAAGUCACUGCGUCAGCGCCGCUGUGGCCACUGUCUGCUGCAGCAGCCAAUGAGAUCGAAGCACUGCCAGACGUGUCAGCACUGUGUCCGGCGUUACGACCAUCACUGCCCCUGGAUUGAGAACUGUGUCGGUGAGAGGAACCACCGCUGGUUUGUGCUUUACCUGGCUGUCCAGCUGCUGGUACUGCUGUGGGGGCUGCACAUUGCCUGGACGGGUUUCAGCUACGCACCCGCCUGGCAGCUGUGGCUGCGUACAAAUGGCAUGCUGCUGGCUGUGGCCGUGUUGGUGGCUCUGCUCUCGCUGAUCGUGCUGCUCCUGCUCGGCUCCCACCUCUACCUGGUUUCUCUCAACACCACUACCUGGGAGUUCAUGUCGCGCCACCGCAUCUCCUACCUCAAGCACUGCGGCGCUGAUGAAAACCCCUUUGACCGUGGCACCUUCCACAACCUUUGGGGUUUCUUCUGUGUGUGGGGCACAGUGGUGUGGGAACAGGUGUACUUCAGGGAGGGGAGCGACCAAGUCUAGAAGCACAUGGCAGGCGAGUUAAAAGACUGGAUUUUCCUCAUGAACAUACUUGCUGGUUUUGGGGAUCACGCACAUGACUACAAAGUUGGGAGAUAAACUGUUCCUAUGUGCAGUUUACCUUUGUAGAGGCACGUUAUGUUGUGCCAUAACACCAUAACAGCUCCCUUCUUUAACUUCUCUCCUUUCAGUGGUUCUGCACUGCAAUGGAUUGCUUGCUUGUGUUGUCUUGCUUUGUUUUUGCUGUCCACAUUUCCUGUUUUUCCUAUCCUCUCCCUAAGUGGCUGUCGACAGACUAAACAUUGUCUCGUGUGACCCCAGAAUGAGGAGCCUAACCUGAGUUAGCAUCUCACAGUGACAGGCUACCAGCACUACAGCCUUUAUUUCGAACAGUUGUUUACAAUCAUUCAAGUAUACCUUGACAGACAGUUAUCCACACUGUCUGCAGGCACUUUGCCGUCCAGUCGUAAGGCUCUAAACGAAGCUAGUCAUAAAGCCCUGUUGACUCAAGCUUGGCCUUUGUUUAUGCACCCACGUCUCACUUGACAGUCACUGCUGCUCCCUUCAUUGAAUCAUUUAUGUGGGCAGUAAUUACACAUUUGAAGUACUUCUGGUCUUACUGUGACACAUGGUAAACCUAAGGGAUGGACUGUUAAUUAACUCUGGAGUUUACUUGUAACAUUAGAUUUAAAAAUAUUUAGGUGCAUGUGUAGACAAUCCAGAUCUGUGGUUGACUCACUGGAGACAGAUCCCGAUGAACAUGUUGGAGAAUUUCAAUAAAAUGGUACAUUAAUGGUUUUUAGUCCAGAAAGCUGAAUCCUCCUCUUGUUUCAUGGGAUAUAUUUCUAUAAUUACAGUCAUAUUUAUUGUGCACAGAGGUUUUACAGGGUCCACUCGCUGUUAGUCAAAGUUACUGACAGGUUACAAUUUUGUUAAUAGUGAAAAAUGAGUAUUUUGAAAUACGUGUGUGAAAAAAGUGUACUGUAUUGUUCCUAGCAUUUAGCCCAGUCACGAUGUACAGGAUGCUUUGACUUUCAUGGGACAGCAUUCCAAGCUAUUUUAUAUUGUAUAUACUUUUUAAACUAUUUUGAACCAGAAAAUAUCUUUUGACUUUUGUAUGAGUGUUUUGAGUAACUGGAGGGAAUACCUUUGAAGAGUAGAGCGUAAGUAGAGAGCUUUGAGUGCAAUACAUUGUUUGGUAUUUCCAUCUGAACCUCUCCUUGUGCAAUAGUAACCUUGUAAGACAGCAAUAAAUGUGUUGAAUUUAAUGUACAGCAGUAGUGUUGGACAGAACGCAGAUUGCCUCCAGUUGGACUGAGUCAGUGCUGAGAGCUCUGGUUUAUAUGAAUUAACAUUUAAUUCAUGUUGUGUAUUUCUGAAUUAUAUGCAAUACUGUCAUGCAAUGUUUUUUUGGUUUUUUUUUACUACUUUAAAAUGACUGCACACAUCAAUAAAUCAAAGUUUCA